AAAUGCACCCGUGGAGACACGUGUUCGAGUGGCCAGUGUGUAGCUACACCCUUCACUUGUAACUCCGUUUGCCAGUUCUGUAAUGGCAACAGCUGUAGCUUAAAAACAGGAUUUGGAUUUGUGAACAACAAAUGCACAUGUAAGAUAGCAGGUCAAGACUAUGGUCAUCAGGACUUAAACCCAUCAAACCAGUGUCAGUGGUGUGAUUUUUAUGAUGCAGCAGCUCGUGGUAACAGCGCAUGGACUAAUCGUCCUGCAGCGGCGUGUGACGAUCAAAACAAGUGCACCAAACAGGAUACAUGUAACGCUGGCAGUUGUGUAGGACAAGGCUACUCUUGUCAAUCAUCUUAUCCUUCAUCCAGUUGUAUCAGGACUUCUGAGUGUGUUGGUGAUGGAACUUGUCGACCAAUCAUGAGGUCAAGUGGAACAAUUUGUCGCUCGGCUGUGGACGUCUGUGAUCAACCCGAAAGGUGUGACGGAAGCCUUGGAACAUGUCCCGGUUCAGUGGAAGACAAGAUUACAGUUACAACCGGGACUGCUCAAUUAGUGGAUCAGACGUUUAAUUCAGUCGUGAGCUAUCAGUACUUUACAGACAAACUUUACGUUAAAAUCUCUGGGUUUUCCGUCUCGUGUGGCCAGCUAACGCUUAAUUGGUUUCUUCUGCCAUCAACAUCCACUUGUUCCACUACCUCUGGCGUAAAGGGUACGUUUCCUAACAACAACGUACAGCAAAAACUGACCGGGAUUACUCUUCAGGACAAUAAAGGAUACAAAGUUUCCAUACAAGCUUCUGAUAUGCGAAACAACACUCCUCAAGUUGUCUGCAGCGGCGUAGUAAUCAUUGACACAUCAAAACCACAUGGUGGGUGGGUUCGCGAUGGGCCUGGAGCUGACCAGAGUUACCAAGCCUCCAAAUUAUUACAGGUGAACUGGGGAGGAGUACAGACAAGACAUGGUGUUGCCAAGUAUCAAUGGAAAGUGCUCCUUACUUCGUUUAACACCAAUCAAACCACCGAGCUAAUGUCUUUUACCAACGUAAAUCUAAACACUAACGCAGGGAAGACCUUCAACAGCGUGACAGAUGGCUCUAAAGCAAGAUUUGUCGUUCGUUCCUUCACGAAAGCAGGAUUGUUUUCUGACCUCACAAGUGAUGGUGUUGUCAUUGACACCUCACCACCAAUAGCUGGGAAGAUAUACGAUGGGAAUCAACUUAGCGCAGACGUGAAAUAUGCCAAAUGGACCAAUACAUUCAGUGCAAACUGGGACCGUUUCACUGAUCCACAUUCACCCAUUUCACGAUACACUUGGGCGGUGCAGCGGCAAGGUACCGGACUCAUUACUUCAUUUAAGAACACAGCACUAAACCGCUCUCCUACAGCAACAAACCUAACCCUAGUUUCUAAUGAAAGCUACUGCGCAGUCGUCAGAGGUUAUAACGAAGCUGGACUCUACACUCAAGUAAGUUCAGACUGUGUGCUAAUAGACCAUGAUGCUCCACAAGCUGGCACUGUUAACGAUGGACACUUCAGUGAUGUAGACUACCAAUCAGAAGACACCAUGAUAGCAGCGAACUGGAAUGGAUUCACAGACGGGAACAAAGGAAGUGGAAUCGCAGAAUACAAGUACAAGAUAUCAGACAGCAGUGGAAACAUAAUUGUUCCUUGGACAUCAGCAGGGAAUGUAACGAACAUCACACACAACGGAUUGGCUUUGACAAAUAACGCAAAGUAUUUCGUCACAGUAAAAGCGGUUGACGCUGUGGGUCUGAACACUGACGUCACUUCUGACGGCAUUACCGUGGAUACAACCCAUCCAGUCUUCACUGGUAAAGUCAGGAUAACUGGAGAGGAUGACUUCAUAAACGGAACAUCAUGUGUCUACAUAUCAAGUGUAUCGUCAGUAACAGUGCAGUGGGUUGGUUUCUCUGAUGCACACAGCGGACUUCUACGAUAUGACUGGGCUAUCAUCCCUUCGGACACGUCUCCAUCAGCCUCUGACUUUAGUGCUGUACCAGGAUCUAAUACGCCAACAUCCGCGACAUUCAGUAAUCUCGCGCUAACUCAAGGUAAAGGUUACUACGUCAUUAUAAGAGCCUACAAUGGUGCUAAAUUGUCGAAAGACGCGUAUUCAGUCCUUGUUAUACCUGAUGCCACUCCAUCGUCACCAGGAGAUGUAUUUGACGGGCCAACCUCCCAAGUAGAUAUCGACUAUCAGGCAGACGUGAAAGAAGUUUAUGGUUCUUGGACAAAGUUCCCAGAGCCACACACUGAAGUUAAGCAGUACUAUUAUGCUGUAGGAAGCUGUAUAAACGGAAACUAUCAUGUAACCGGAAAUGGAUUCGUUCGACUUGAUCCUCCAAAAGCAACUUCGUUUAUGUUAACAAACAUUACACUGGUUAACGGCCAUCGUUACUGCAUUAAGAUCAAAGCUGAAAACAAGGCUGGGCUGACAAGUUCUGAAGUGUCUUCCGAUGGCUUCGUCGUGGACGUGACACCUCCAAAUAUACGAAAGGCUCAAGUGCGUGACGGAACAACAGGUUCAGACAUCGAUUAUCAAGCCAAUAUCACAGCAUUGUCCGCGGAAUGGGAUGGUUUCGAGGACCCCGAAUCUGACAUUCAAUAUUAUGACUACGGAGUAGGCAGAAAUAGAGGAGGGUUUGUAGAUGUCUCUCCGUUUCAGAACGCUGGACUGAACACCUCAGCCACUGUGCAUGGUCUGUCGCUUACUGACGAUGUCUAUUACUUUACCGUCUGUGCUAUAAACAAAGCCGGAUUACGGAACUGCCUGAGCUCCGAUGGAGUCCUGAUCGAUUUUAGUCCUCCAAGUCAUGGUGCGGUGCAUGAUGGGAUUAUCGAGCCAGAUCUUAAGUACCAGUCCUCCCUCACAAGCAUGGCCGCCAACUGGGAAGGAAUCUGGGAUUUGGAGAGUGCCAUUGAGCAAUUUGAGUGGAGCAUUGGCACGAAUUUGCAAGACAAAAUUAGUGUACAGGACUACGUUGAUGCAGGUCUUUCAACACAUGUGAGAAGUCAAGACGUUCUUAAGUUAGUGAGUGGAACAAAAUAUUACGUGCAUCUGAUGGUGACAAAUCAGGCUGGAGCAAUCAGGGAGCUCGUUUCAGAUGGUGUCAUAGUAGAUGCAAGUCCGCCAAUACCAAGCACAAUCUAUCCUGGAUUUGGGUCCCAACGUGAAUGGCAGUACAGCGAGCAAGAGAAUGCUUUCUACUCUGCUACUGCAUCAAGUAUUGCAGUUUACUGGAAACGAUUCUCCGAACCUGAGAGUGAAGUUUGGUACUACAAGUGGGCCAUAGGUACAAGCAAGUGUGGUACACAAGUUCAACCACUCAUCAACAUCGGCCGAUCAAAUUACGCCAACACUACAAUGACAGAUCAAGUCUUCACAUCAGGAGUGAAAUAUUACGUCACCGUCACAUCCAGGAACCGAGCUGGUCUCGUAUCACGCGCAUGCUCUGAUGCGCUGGUCUUUGACAGCACUCCACCGCAGUCGGGAAACGUUUAUGUUGGACAAACCUCAAGUGUAAUUAGAAGGAUAACGUUUAUCAGCAACAACAGUAUCACUCUUUCGUGGAGUGGAUUUAAAGAUCUUGAAAGUGGCAUACGCAGCUGCAACAUCUCAGUUCUAGACAAAUCGGGACAUGUUCUUUUUCUGGAAACUCGAAAUGCAUCGUCAGGAAAUGUCUCUUUGUCUCCCAGUACUGUUCUUCUUCAUGGAGAGAGUUAUAAUGCCAGCGUAGAGUGCAUGAACAAUGCAGGUCUUGCUGCGUCGACGUCUGCAGUUUUUACCAUCGAUAACACACCACCCAUUCAGACUGGUGCUAUUAUGGCAGGCGUAUCGCGAGAUCUCGCCUUCCAGUAUCAGUCAGACACGAACUCCAUUACAGCCACAUGGCCACCGUUUGCGGAACACGAGAACGAUGUCCAGAAUUAUCAGUUUGCCAUUGGAACUCAAAUUUAUCAAGACGACGUUGUUAGGUUUGAAAACGUACGUCUCGCAACUCAGGUAACUAAGAACGAUCUCAGUCUUUCAGAAGGAAGUGUAUAUUACAUCACUGUCAUUGCAACGAACUUGGCGGGUUUAAGUACAAACAUAUCUUCGCUCGGACUUGUAAUAGACACCACGCCUCCAAAGGCUAUAAACGGCUGCGUCCAUGAUGGGCGAAGUGGGAAGGAUAUCGAUUACUUUUCCCCUAGAAUGGGCUUCGCAGCGCACUGGGAAGAGAUAACAGAUCCUGAGAGCGGCCUCAUGAACAGUUACUACUGUCUUGGAACUAAACCUGGAGGUUGUCAGUUACGAGCGAUGACAAGCGUUGGACUCAACACAUCAUUCACCUGUACAACAUGUGAUGUGAACCCCGGCGAGCGAGUGUACGUGACAGUGCGUGUGACAAACGGAGCAGGUAUUUCUGUGACUCGCAGUUCUGAUGGAAUGCUUUUGGAUGUCAGUCCUCCGCUUAUGGGUGAUGUCAUUGAUGGAAACGAUAUAGCAGGAGUCGAUUAUAACGUUGUACUCGAGGAUUGGAACGUAUCCAUGUCUUGGUUUGGCGUGGAAGAUGCUGAAAGUGGCGUGCGAUCAUGUAUUUGGACAAUAGAGGACGAAGAUGGACGCAAACGUCUUCAAGUUGACACAAGCAAUAACUCCAGUUACGGGCAAAGGAACGUCUUUUCCAACUCUCAGCGAUACAGAGACUUUCCAUUUUCCAGCAACACAACUUACUACAACAUACUGACGUGUUGGAAUAAGGCACAAUUGCACCGAACUGCUCGAUCCAAUGGCUUUCGAGUUGAAUCCAUCUGGCCCAUUCCGGCUCCUGUCCGAGAUGGCUCAACAGAAAAUGUUGACCUUGUCUACCUGACCAGUACUAAAAGAGUUGGCGCCAAUUGGGAUCCCUUCACAGACGAUAUUGGAGAUCCAGUUAUUGACUACGAGUGGGCUAUAGGCACAGCUGCUGGAAAAGGUGACAUUUUACCUUUCGCUAGUGUAGGACUGAAGACAAGUGUUGAAAAGGUCUUGGCACCGAACGCACCGAGUCUCGACGUCUUGAAUGCUGGUCAAAAGUAUUACAACACUAUAAAGGCAACGUCAGCUAGUGGACUUCAAACUAUGAGCAUUUCAAAUGGAUUUACUGUAGAUCCUAGUCCUCCGAUAAAAACAGAGGUCGUCACGCAACACGUGGUUUUGAACCAGGAAGAACGCCGCAUCGAAAUUCGCGCUUCUUGGAGCAACGUUAGAGAUUUUGAAAGUGGUAUAGAAAGUAGUGAAUACUGUCUAGGAACAACCCCUCUUACGUGUGUGGGCGGUGCCAUACCAGCAGGAUCAUCCACAUCCGGGGUCAUUGGUCCAUUUAAGCCUCAUUCCCGAGCUGCAUAUUACGUCACUGUGGUUGUCGUAAACAGGGCUGGUCUUACAUCAGUCAUGUCGUCCGAGAAACUGACAUUCGACAUUACGCCCCCGUCCCGGGGUACUGUAAUAGAUGGAAUUGGCCUCGAUAUUGAUUUUACAGAUUCUAUGGAUCUGCUGUCGACACAGUGGCAAGGUUUUGAAGAUGAAGAGUCGGGAGUUGCGAGCUGCUCGUGGGCACUCAUUGAACAGUCGGCGUCACAUAACAGUUCCGAGUUCGGAAAUGACACUGUUGUGUUGCGAAAAGCCGUGAAAAGCCAAGGGAACCUCAUUGAAACAAAUCUUAGCCUUGUUCCAGGCGCUCGUUACAUCAGUGAAAUUACUUGCACCAAUGCCGAUGGCUUCAGUAGCACGUCUUCCUCUGAUGGUGUUACUGUUGACGUGACGCCGCCAAGUUCUGGUCUUGUUCGCGAUGGGUCGUCUCUACUUUCUGACAUUCAGUUCCAGUCCUCAACCACGGCAGCACAAGCAAUAUGGGAACCAUUCAGGGACCACGAGAGUGGAGUAGUGAAAUACCGCUGGGGCCUAGGAACCACUCCAGAUAAUGCUGACGUCUUAAACUUCACGGACGUUGGCACGAUGACUUCCGCAAUGGCUGAAAACCUCACACUUACUCACGGGGAGAGGUAUUACGUCACGGUGGAGGCUACAAAUGGUGCGGGAAUGUCGUCACAUGGGUGGUCUGAUGGUUUCACUGUUGACAUUUCGCCACCUGAGUUGACUGAGCUUUUGCGUGGUUCUAGACUGUGGCUUGGACCCGGUGAAAAACCACAGGCAUCAUGGAAAUCCCGUGAUCCCGAGAGUGGCAUCUCCAAAACUGAAUACUGCGUAGGAACAGUUUCUGUCGGCUGUCAGGUUAAAUCCAUGACUGAAUUAUUCUCCAAUGCAACAAAAGUCACCUGCAACGAUUGCCAAUUAANCUGUUUAAAACUUACAGAGCGACCUUGUUUUGUUUUUUGUGUAGGACAAGGCUACUCUUGUCAAUCAUCUUAUCCUUCAUCCAGUUGUAUCAGGACUUCUGAGUGUGUUGGUGAUGGAACUUGUCGACCAAUCAUGAGGUCAAGUGGAACAAUUUGUCGCUCGGCUGUGGACGUCUGUGAUCAACCCGAAAGGUGUGACGGAAGCCUUGGAACAUGUCCCGGUUCAGUGGAAGACAAGAUUACAGUUACAACCGGGACUGCUCAAUUAGUGGAUCAGACGUUUAAUUCAGUCGUGAGCUAUCAGUACUUUACAGACAAACUUUACGUUAAAAUCUCUGGGUUUUCCGUCUCGUGUGGCCAGCUAACGCUUAAUUGGUUUCUUCUGCCAUCAACAUCCACUUGUUCCACUACCUCUGGCGUAAAGGGUACGUUUCCUAACAACAACGUACAGCAAAAACUGACCGGGAUUACUCUUCAGGACAAUAAAGGAUACAAAGUUUCCAUACAAGCUUCUGAUAUGCGAAACAACACUCCUCAAGUUGUCUGCAGCGGCGUAGUAAUCAUUGACACAUCAAAACCACAUGGUGGGUGGGUUCGCGAUGGGCCUGGAGCUGACCAGAGUUACCAAGCCUCCAAAUUAUUACAGGUGAACUGGGGAGGAGUACAGACAAGACAUGGUGUUGCCAAGUAUCAAUGGAAAGUGCUCCUUACUUCGUUUAACACCAAUCAAACCACCGAGCUAAUGUCUUUUACCAACGUAAAUCUAAACACUAACGCAGGGAAGACCUUCAACAGCGUGACAGAUGGCUCUAAAGCAAGAUUUGUCGUUCGUUCCUUCACGAAAGCAGGAUUGUUUUCUGACCUCACAAGUGAUGGUGUUGUCAUUGACACCUCACCACCAAUAGCUGGGAAGAUAUACGAUGGGAAUCAACUUAGCGCAGACGUGAAAUAUGCCAAAUGGACCAAUACAUUCAGUGCAAACUGGGACCGUUUCACUGAUCCACAUUCACCCAUUUCACGAUACACUUGGGCGGUGCAGCGGCAAGGUACCGGACUCAUUACUUCAUUUAAGAACACAGCACUAAACCGCUCUCCUACAGCAACAAACCUAACCCUAGUUUCUAAUGAAAGCUACUGCGCAGUCGUCAGAGGUUAUAACGAAGCUGGACUCUACACUCAAGUAAGUUCAGACUGUGUGCUAAUAGACCAUGAUGCUCCACAAGCUGGCACUGUUAACGAUGGACACUUCAGUGAUGUAGACUACCAAUCAGAAGACACCAUGAUAGCAGCGAACUGGAAUGGAUUCACAGACGGGAACAAAGGAAGUGGAAUCGCAGAAUACAAGUACAAGAUAUCAGACAGCAGUGGAAACAUAAUUGUUCCUUGGACAUCAGCAGGGAAUGUAACGAACAUCACACACAACGGAUUGGCUUUGACAAAUAACGCAAAGUAUUUCGUCACAGUAAAAGCGGUUGACGCUGUGGGUCUGAACACUGACGUCACUUCUGACGGCAUUACCGUGGAUACAACCCAUCCAGUCUUCACUGGUAAAGUCAGGAUAACUGGAGAGGAUGACUUCAUAAACGGAACAUCAUGUGUCUACAUAUCAAGUGUAUCGUCAGUAACAGUGCAGUGGGUUGGUUUCUCUGAUGCACACAGCGGACUUCUACGAUAUGACUGGGCUAUCAUCCCUUCGGACACGUCUCCAUCAGCCUCUGACUUUAGUGCUGUACCAGGAUCUAAUACGCCAACAUCCGCGACAUUCAGUAAUCUCGCGCUAACUCAAGGUAAAGGUUACUACGUCAUUAUAAGAGCCUACAAUGGUGCUAAAUUGUCGAAAGACGCGUAUUCAGUCCUUGUUAUACCUGAUGCCACUCCAUCGUCACCAGGAGAUGUAUUUGACGGGCCAACCUCCCAAGUAGAUAUCGACUAUCAGGCAGACGUGAAAGAAGUUUAUGGUUCUUGGACAAAGUUCCCAGAGCCACACACUGAAGUUAAGCAGUACUAUUAUGCUGUAGGAAGCUGUAUAAACGGAAACUAUCAUGUAACCGGAAAUGGAUUCGUUCGACUUGAUCCUCCAAAAGCAACUUCGUUUAUGUUAACAAACAUUACACUGGUUAACGGCCAUCGUUACUGCAUUAAGAUCAAAGCUGAAAACAAGGCUGGGCUGACAAGUUCUGAAGUGUCUUCCGAUGGCUUCGUCGUGGACGUGACACCUCCAAAUAUACGAAAGGCUCAAGUGCGUGACGGAACAACAGGUUCAGACAUCGAUUAUCAAGCCAAUAUCACAGCAUUGUCCGCGGAAUGGGAUGGUUUCGAGGACCCCGAAUCUGACAUUCAAUAUUAUGACUACGGAGUAGGCAGAAAUAGAGGAGGGUUUGUAGAUGUCUCUCCGUUUCAGAACGCUGGACUGAACACCUCAGCCACUGUGCAUGGUCUGUCGCUUACUGACGAUGUCUAUUACUUUACCGUCUGUGCUAUAAACAAAGCCGGAUUACGGAACUGCCUGAGCUCCGAUGGAGUCCUGAUCGAUUUUAGUCCUCCAAGUCAUGGUGCGGUGCAUGAUGGGAUUAUCGAGCCAGAUCUUAAGUACCAGUCCUCCCUCACAAGCAUGGCCGCCAACUGGGAAGGAAUCUGGGAUUUGGAGAGUGCCAUUGAGCAAUUUGAGUGGAGCAUUGGCACGAAUUUGCAAGACAAAAUUAGUGUACAGGACUACGUUGAUGCAGGUCUUUCAACACAUGUGAGAAGUCAAGACGUUCUUAAGUUAGUGAGUGGAACAAAAUAUUACGUGCAUCUGAUGGUGACAAAUCAGGCUGGAGCAAUCAGGGAGCUCGUUUCAGAUGGUGUCAUAGUAGAUGCAAGUCCGCCAAUACCAAGCACAAUCUAUCCUGGAUUUGGGUCCCAACGUGAAUGGCAGUACAGCGAGCAAGAGAAUGCUUUCUACUCUGCUACUGCAUCAAGUAUUGCAGUUUACUGGAAACGAUUCUCCGAACCUGAGAGUGAAGUUUGGUACUACAAGUGGGCCAUAGGUACAAGCAAGUGUGGUACACAAGUUCAACCACUCAUCAACAUCGGCCGAUCAAAUUACGCCAACACUACAAUGACAGAUCAAGUCUUCACAUCAGGAGUGAAAUAUUACGUCACCGUCACAUCCAGGAACCGAGCUGGUCUCGUAUCACGCGCAUGCUCUGAUGCGCUGGUCUUUGACAGCACUCCACCGCAGUCGGGAAACGUUUAUGUUGGACAAACCUCAAGUGUAAUUAGAAGGAUAACGUUUAUCAGCAACAACAGUAUCACUCUUUCGUGGAGUGGAUUUAAAGAUCUUGAAAGUGGCAUACGCAGCUGCAACAUCUCAGUUCUAGACAAAUCGGGACAUGUUCUUUUUCUGGAAACUCGAAAUGCAUCGUCAGGAAAUGUCUCUUUGUCUCCCAGUACUGUUCUUCUUCAUGGAGAGAGUUAUAAUGCCAGCGUAGAGUGCAUGAACAAUGCAGGUCUUGCUGCGUCGACGUCUGCAGUUUUUACCAUCGAUAACACACCACCCAUUCAGACUGGUGCUAUUAUGGCAGGCGUAUCGCGAGAUCUCGCCUUCCAGUAUCAGUCAGACACGAACUCCAUUACAGCCACAUGGCCACCGUUUGCGGAACACGAGAACGAUGUCCAGAAUUAUCAGUUUGCCAUUGGAACUCAAAUUUAUCAAGACGACGUUGUUAGGUUUGAAAACGUACGUCUCGCAACUCAGGUAACUAAGAACGAUCUCAGUCUUUCAGAAGGAAGUGUAUAUUACAUCACUGUCAUUGCAACGAACUUGGCGGGUUUAAGUACAAACAUAUCUUCGCUCGGACUUGUAAUAGACACCACGCCUCCAAAGGCUAUAAACGGCUGCGUCCAUGAUGGGCGAAGUGGGAAGGAUAUCGAUUACUUUUCCCCUAGAAUGGGCUUCGCAGCGCACUGGGAAGAGAUAACAGAUCCUGAGAGCGGCCUCAUGAACAGUUACUACUGUCUUGGAACUAAACCUGGAGGUUGUCAGUUACGAGCGAUGACAAGCGUUGGACUCAACACAUCAUUCACCUGUACAACAUGUGAUGUGAACCCCGGCGAGCGAGUGUACGUGACAGUGCGUGUGACAAACGGAGCAGGUAUUUCUGUGACUCGCAGUUCUGAUGGAAUGCUUUUGGAUGUCAGUCCUCCGCUUAUGGGUGAUGUCAUUGAUGGAAACGAUAUAGCAGGAGUCGAUUAUAACGUUGUACUCGAGGAUUGGAACGUAUCCAUGUCUUGGUUUGGCGUGGAAGAUGCUGAAAGUGGCGUGCGAUCAUGUAUUUGGACAAUAGAGGACGAAGAUGGACGCAAACGUCUUCAAGUUGACACAAGCAAUAACUCCAGUUACGGGCAAAGGAACGUCUUUUCCAACUCUCAGCGAUACAGAGACUUUCCAUUUUCCAGCAACACAACUUACUACAACAUACUGACGUGUUGGAAUAAGGCACAAUUGCACCGAACUGCUCGAUCCAAUGGCUUUCGAGUUGAAUCCAUCUGGCCCAUUCCGGCUCCUGUCCGAGAUGGCUCAACAGAAAAUGUUGACCUUGUCUACCUGACCAGUACUAAAAGAGUUGGCGCCAAUUGGGAUCCCUUCACAGACGAUAUUGGAGAUCCAGUUAUUGACUACGAGUGGGCUAUAGGCACAGCUGCUGGAAAAGGUGACAUUUUACCUUUCGCUAGUGUAGGACUGAAGACAAGUGUUGAAAAGGUCUUGGCACCGAACGCACCGAGUCUCGACGUCUUGAAUGCUGGUCAAAAGUAUUACAACACUAUAAAGGCAACGUCAGCUAGUGGACUUCAAACUAUGAGCAUUUCAAAUGGAUUUACUGUAGAUCCUAGUCCUCCGAUAAAAACAGAGGUCGUCACGCAACACGUGGUUUUGAACCAGGAAGAACGCCGCAUCGAAAUUCGCGCUUCUUGGAGCAACGUUAGAGAUUUUGAAAGUGGUAUAGAAAGUAGUGAAUACUGUCUAGGAACAACCCCUCUUACGUGUGUGGGCGGUGCCAUACCAGCAGGAUCAUCCACAUCCGGGGUCAUUGGUCCAUUUAAGCCUCAUUCCCGAGCUGCAUAUUACGUCACUGUGGUUGUCGUAAACAGGGCUGGUCUUACAUCAGUCAUGUCGUCCGAGAAACUGACAUUCGACAUUACGCCCCCGUCCCGGGGUACUGUAAUAGAUGGAAUUGGCCUCGAUAUUGAUUUUACAGAUUCUAUGGAUCUGCUGUCGACACAGUGGCAAGGUUUUGAAGAUGAAGAGUCGGGAGUUGCGAGCUGCUCGUGGGCACUCAUUGAACAGUCGGCGUCACAUAACAGUUCCGAGUUCGGAAAUGACACUGUUGUGUUGCGAAAAGCCGUGAAAAGCCAAGGGAACCUCAUUGAAACAAAUCUUAGCCUUGUUCCAGGCGCUCGUUACAUCAGUGAAAUUACUUGCACCAAUGCCGAUGGCUUCAGUAGCACGUCUUCCUCUGAUGGUGUUACUGUUGACGUGACGCCGCCAAGUUCUGGUCUUGUUCGCGAUGGGUCGUCUCUACUUUCUGACAUUCAGUUCCAGUCCUCAACCACGGCAGCACAAGCAAUAUGGGAACCAUUCAGGGACCACGAGAGUGGAGUAGUGAAAUACCGCUGGGGCCUAGGAACCACUCCAGAUAAUGCUGACGUCUUAAACUUCACGGACGUUGGCACGAUGACUUCCGCAAUGGCUGAAAACCUCACACUUACUCACGGGGAGAGGUAUUACGUCACGGUGGAGGCUACAAAUGGUGCGGGAAUGUCGUCACAUGGGUGGUCUGAUGGUUUCACUGUUGACAUUUCGCCACCUGAGUUGACUGAGCUUUUGCGUGGUUCUAGACUGUGGCUUGGACCCGGUGAAAAACCACAGGCAUCAUGGAAAUCCCGUGAUCCCGAGAGUGGCAUCUCCAAAACUGAAUACUGCGUAGGAACAGUUUCUGUCGGCUGUCAGGUUAAAUCCAUGACUGAAUUAUUCUCCAAUGCAACAAAAGUCACCUGCAACGAUUGCCAAUUAAACCACCAAGGAACAUACUACAUCACAGUCCGAGUACAGAACGGCGCGGGCGUCUAUACGGUGAAAACAACAGACGAAAUUAAAGUGGACUUAACCCCUCCAAUUGUUGCCAAAGUGAUCCCAGUUAGCGACGUCACGUCGUGCGUUAACAACUGUACUUUGGUCUCCAACGUCACCCUUUUCGAAGACAGAGAGAGUGGUGUAAAAUCAUGCAGUUAUGCUAUACGAAACAGAAGCCAUCUGGUAACCGACUUUGUAAAUAAUGGACUGCGCAAAACCGUAGAAGCCACAGAUCUGCAGUUGGUGGCGGGUGAAAGGUACUACACUGCUGUGAGGUGCGAGAACAAUGUUGGACUUGUCACAGAAAAAGUGUCUACCAUACCAGUGUUAGUUGAUGACACUCCACCCACGAAGGUAACUAAACAUCUACUUGCUAUCAGACAGUUUCAGUUCAUGUCUAAAGUAGUCUCCUUCGCUACCGUUAUUAGGGUAGUCACGCAACGCUUCUCUCGGGAAAAGCGUUGCGUGACGACGUUUGUGGCGCUCUACAAUCGGAUCAACGAACUCGCGCAACAUGCUCUGCCCAAUCAGAACAUGCUGUUUAUACAACUGAACAAAAACAAAACUAAAACUAAUUACGGCAAUUAGCCUUUGGCAUAUUUUGUGGUGCUUAACACACGAAUUUUCUACCCUUAGUUCUC